CUAGGAUUAGGGUUUCAUAGUCGGAACUCAGAACUUAGCCAGCAAACCGUCGCCGACAAUUUCUCAUCGGGACAGUUUGAUUCACCUUUUGUGUCCGUUAUGCCUCGAAAAACGAGACGUGACGACGACGGCGCAGAAGUAAAAGAUGAUCGAGUGAGCGAUCUUUCCGACGACAUUCUGUAUCACAUCCUCUCGUCGCUCGACGACACAAAACUCGUCGUCCAAGCCAGCGUGCUCUCGAAGAGGUGGAGGGACCUGUGGAAAGACGUCGGCGUCCUCAAUCUCAACCAGAACUCCUUCUCCGCGAUCCAAGGCGGCAUAAAUUUCGUACGCAAAUUUCUUCACCUCCGGUCACAACACGCAACCAUCCACAAGGUCAGCUUCACAUCCAAAUACACGAGAGUGAAUAACCGAGACGAUCUAGGCAUCUUGCUCGACGAAAACCCGCUCGAGGCUCUCGAGGCUCUCGAGCUGGUCGAUUGCUACCGGGUCGAUCUCGGCUCGAUUUCGGGCUGCAGAAUGCUGACCACUCUGGAGCUGCGUGGCUGCGAGUGGAUGGUUUCUCGCGGCCACGAUCCUUUUGCCAACAUCCCUCUUUUGAGAUGCUUGAAGCUACUCGAUUGCAGUCUCUCGUCGUACUCGGAUGGAUUCAAAGUGACCGGGCUCCAGUUGCUGAGACUGGAGAUUCGUAAUUCGAGGGGGUUUUCAGUCAGUCAAGUGUCGGCCCCGAAGCUCGAGUCGUUCUGUUUCACUACUCAUGUCAGUCAUAUUGUAGAACUCCCCGAGUUGAACCUUCCGUCCCUCGAUCGCGCUACUGUGCUCAUGGUGUCCUAUCCAUAUGCGGGUUUGUAUAACGAGUUGGGAUGGUGUAGUCGAGUAGCCGUGAAAUUUUUGCAGGGUUUGCGUAACGUGAAAUCUCUCGACUUAUAUUUCGAAGAUGUGAAUUGCACGAAGAAAGGAGGAGGCUCGUUUACGAGAAUCAAGCCAAUGAUUGAGAAUGAAAUCUCUCGAUUUACGAGGCUGAAGACUUCGAGGAUUCGAUAUUAUCCAUGCGACUGACCUCUAGCUUAACAAGCACUCA